AUGGGUGGUGCCGGCGACGCCUACACCGCCUGGACUGGCAUCCGGGACUACUUCCAGGCCAACCAGGGGGCCCAAUACCUGCAUCUCACUCACCAGUUUUGCAACCUCAAGCAGGGUGACCUCACUGUCUCGGAGUACGCCCGGUGCCUCAAGGCGCUCGCUGAAGGUCUCGCGGACACCGACAACACCGUCUCCGACCACAUCCUCACGAUGCAGCUCCUGCACGGCCUCGACGCCCGCUUCGACACCAUCCGUACGAUCCUCGGCGACACGGUUCCCCUGCCUCCCUUCGCCGUCACUCGCUCUCGGCUGGAGCUUGUGGAGUACAACAUCAACCUCCGCGCGACCGAGGCCGGAUCCGCGGCCCUCACCAUCUCCGGCGGUCCCAGCUCCAACAGUGACCGUGGCGGCCGCGGUGAUCGUGGCGACCGCUCUGAUCGCGGUGACCGUGCUCCCCCCACUGGCCGCGGCUCUGGUGGCGCCUACGACAACGGUAGUGGCGAUCGUGGCCGUGGCCGUGGCCGUGGUCGCUCAGAUUCUGGUGGUCGCGGCUCCUCGUCCUCGCAGCAGUCGCCGUGGACCGGCUACUUCGCUCCCUUCAGCAUCGUGUUGCCGGCUCCCCGCGCCGGCUGGAUCCCUCCGAACGCCGCCGGCGUCCUCGGCCCGCGCCCGGGCGUUCACUCGCAGGCCUACCCACUCAUGUACUCCGGCCCGCAGCAGCCGGGUCCCUCGUCGCUCCUGCCCGGCGCUCCUGGCUGGGAUCACGCCGCCCUGUUCCAGCAGGCCUACAGCCAGCACGGCCUUCCCCAACAGAGCGCCGAUUGGAUCCUCGACUCCGGUGCUGCCACACACGUAACGGGUAACGCAGGACUUUCCCACCAGGAGCCACAUCAUGAUGUCCAGUAG